UUUUAAUAAAUAAAAAAAGCUUUAAUAUUUCAUUUUAUGUUUUUCUUAUGUUUAUAUUUUUGUUUAUUUAUGUUACCAUUUCAUGUAUACCUCUUAAAUCAUCUUCUCACCAUGAUCCGUCUGAUAUUUCAUUGACACUUGUAGUAUGAUUAGUCAACUUUGCUUAAUUUGAACAGGGCACUUUUUUUUUCAAACUUUUAGUUAUACCUCUCCAACAUGUGCUACAUAAACACUUUCUAAAUCCUGAAGCUGGCAGCUGUACUGUCAUGACUUACCAAAUAAUAUAUUAAUCAUAAAAAUAAUCAUCAGAAUAAGCAAUGAUAAAAAAUAAUCAUUAGUUGCAGCCCUGCAAGACUGACAGACAGGAGAACUGUGUCAAAUCACUCAAACAUUAACUGCUCAGCACAUGCUGUAAUUUAACUCAUGGUGGCCUGGUGUACUGGUUGAGGUUUGUUUUCUCCUCAGAUAGUUUGGGUCUUUGUUCAGUUAGUUCAGGCAGUUCAUUAAAUACCAUAACUUCAGUACAUGGAAGGUUAUUUUCUACUUUAAAGUUGGAAAUCAGCGCCGAACCUUAGAGAUAGAAAGAAAAAAGAUUACAAAAAGCCGAAAAUACCUAGAUGACCUCCACUAAAAGGGUGUUGGUAACAUGUACAAAGACAGCCUGUAUUUUAUCUUCUGAGCAUCACUACACCAUACAUGUUCAAACUUGUGAACCGAACACAUGGCAGAAGUGCUGGAAAAACUUGAUACUGAAAGGAGCAGGGAAAUAUUUGUGAUUUUAACACUGUAGCUUAAAACUAUGUGACAAAUUGUCUUGGAAAAACACGUCUGACAUUUCUGACACGUGGGGAGGACACUUGGUGAAGUACAGUAUGUGAGAGAGGAAAGGUAGAGGCAGGCUUGGCAGCAUUUCAAAACUACCAGUAAGAGAGUGGCAGGCCACUCCUCUCUUUUUAUUAGACUCCUUUCCUUAACUCUUCUCUUUCACCAUCAUGGCUUUCACUGGGAAAUAUGAGCUGGAGAGUCAAGAGAACUAUGAAGAGUUCCUGGAAGAAAUUGGGCUUCUCAAUGCCAAGACAGACCACAAAGUGGUAACAGAGGUUCUUCAGGAUGGGGACAGCGUCACCUGGACCCAAACCAUCCCCAACUUCACCUGGUCCAAUAAGUUCACCGUUGGCCAGGAAUGUGAGCUGGCAACAAUGAUGGGCUCCAAAUUCAAGACCACUGUCACCAUGGAGGGCGGCAAGAUUUCAAUACAAUUUCCUCAGUACCACUUCACAGCAGAGAUCGUUGAAGAUAAGCUGAUAAUGAAUUGCAUAACUCCAGGAGAGAAGGGUGUGACCUUCAAAAGAGUUAGCAAACGGAUCUAAUGCUGCGAGACUCAACAUGCUUCACUGGAAAAGAGACUGCGGGAGGUUAAACACAUCAUGAAAAUGCUUCCCCCAGGCACUGAACCAAGGAGAAUAACUUGACCAUCUACAAUGAGGAGCAAGCAGUGUUUUCCUGUUGAUACUUUCAAUUUUAACUGGAAAAACUAGACUGUGCUAUGUACUGUAUUUCUACAUGGAUGAAAUAGUUCACCUGUAGCAGUUUUCAUGCUUGAACAAAUAAAAAUGACAUUGAUUGAUGAUA